AUGGAGCAUCAGAACAACGCUUACAUGGCAGCCCAUGAGUCAAGGUCUGGGUUGGGAGACCGUCAAAGGUCGCUUUUGCCGCAGAGAUCGGCUAUUUCCAAGGGAAAAUACACGUUACACGACUUCCAAAUUCUAAGAACUCUAGGAACAGGGUCCUUUGGAAGAGUUCAUUUGGUACGCUCAGUGCAUAAUGGGCGUUAUUACGCUAUCAAGGUUUUGAAAAAACACCAGGUGAUAAAAAUGAAGCAAAUUGAGCACACCAACGAUGAGCGUCGGAUGCUGAAGCUGGUGGACCAUCCGUUUUUGAUUCGCAUGUGGGGUACUUUCCAGGACUCGCGCAAUUUGUUUAUGGUGAUGGACUACAUCGAGGGCGGUGAGCUUUUCUCGCUUCUCAGAAAAUCGCAACGGUUCCCCAAUCCAGUGGCCAAGUUCUUCGCCGCAGAAGUUAUCCUCGCUUUGGAGUACCUUCACGCUCAUGACAUCAUUUACCGGGACUUGAAGCCUGAAAACAUCCUGCUGGACCGCAAUGGACACAUCAAGAUCACAGACUUUGGAUUUGCGAAAGAGGUAGAUACCGUAACUUGGACUUUGUGCGGUACUCCCGACUAUAUUGCUCCAGAGGUAAUUGCCACCAAACCAUACAACAAAUCCGUCGACUGGUGGUCCCUGGGCAUCCUGAUUUUCGAAAUGCUGGCCGGUUACACGCCAUUCUACGAUACAACGCCAAUGAAAACUUACGAAAAGAUCUUACAGGGGAAAGUCACGUAUCCACCUUUCUUCCAUCCCGAUGUGGUUGAUCUAUUAAUAAGGCUAAUCACUUCCGAUUUGACUCGUAGACUGGGUAAUUUGCAGAGUGGCGCGCAGGACGUGAAAUCACAUCCUUGGUUCAGUGAAGUCAUAUGGGAAAAGCUGUUGGCAAAAGAUAUCGAGACCCCUUACGAACCUCCCAUUACAGCUGGCGUGGGCGAUUCCUCUCUUUUCGACCAAUACCCCGAAGAGCAUUUGGACUAUGGUUGUCAGGGCGAAGAUCCAUACGGGCAAUACUUUCUUGAGUUUUAA